UCGAACAGUUACAAUUCUCCGAUUGAAAUGAAGCAUUCAUUCAUUUGCUUUGUAUUGCUCGGAGGCGGGAUUAUUGCAGUAAAUUCAACUACAGCUGCAUUCAAAGACGAUCUCUGUCUGAAUGGAUCACGUGACGAUUCGGGAAAGUGUGUUUGUCGUUCGGGUUAUGCCGAGUUUCGGGGAAAUUGUUUUAUGUCACACAGCCCAGCACUUAGCGGACAAUCGCAUGUUCGUACGCGAUCGAAUAACUUCUGUCCUCCUGGAUUUAACAUAUUGAAUGGUCGCUGCGAACCGACGGUAUGUACUGGAACCCUGUGUGAAAGUUCCUGUGCCCCAGGCUACGUAUUACGGGCAGGAUUUUGCGAAAUUCCGAAUCCUCAGUGUCCUCCCGGAACAAUCUUCCAGAAUGGAUACUGUUAUUAUCAACCCGUACCACCGAAAACGGAGACAAUAUCACCGAUGGAAAAAGUCGAGAUUGUUCCACCGCUGCGAAUUGAUAUACCAGUUCCGGAAUUCAUAGAUCCGCUUGAUCCAAACGAGGUGCAUGAAGGCUCAGACGAAGAAGAUACUGAAAUUGUUCCAGAUCGGAGACCAUUGAAUGGAACUAUUCCGGUUAAAAAUGUGGUUAAUAAUGUAAACACUGUGAGUUCUCCAUCCAACGUAACGACUCACAACGUGAACAACGUUUUCAUACAUAUUACGCGUCGAAAGUCGACCGGUGCGAUCAAGGCCGUGGUGAUAAGAAAUAACGAAACGACCGUGUACGAUGAGAGUCCACCACAGAAAAAAGAAGAUCGGAACGAUGAAAACGAAGAAUCCACAAUCGAACCGGAAACUUCCAAACCAUGUUGCAUCGUGGUUUCGCCGAGAAUCUGUCGGAAACAGGAACCCGACGAAUGGGUUUGUUUCCACCGGAAGCAUUAUCGGUGCGGAAGUUUCUGCACGGCCGAAGUGAUCUAUCUGAAACCUAGGAAACCGGUGGUGCAGAAUUCUGUGUUACUUAUGCCACCAGCCAUGGGUUAUUCCCCGCUAAUGCGCUACGGGGUGUGUAGGUGGGGAAAAUGCCCGCCUGUUGAUUGUUCCGGGUGUCUGCAAGGAAGUUACAGAUGUCACAUCACGUGUUAUACGUAUGAUUGUGCACAGCAAGAUGGCUGUAAUUUUAUCAACCAUGAAGAGUUUUGUGAUGAUAAUGACGAUGAGAUAUGUACAGCAAUUGAAUAAUUUGUCGAUCGUGCUCAUUACAUCAGUCAAUGUGCAACUAUGUGUAUUUUAAUACUCAAAUAAUGCGAGGUAGGUAUAGGCCAGUUAGCUCAAAUGGUGAAUAAUAAAACAUAAUUUGUUUUUACAAAU